GUCCUUCUGCAGAGCACACCUCGUUCAACCUUUGAACAACAUUUCUCCAUUUUACAGAGAAAGCAAAAAAAAGCUAAUAAGGCUGAUGUGAAUUAUGAGAGUGGAAAGAAAAGAGGUGAACUCGCUGGAGCUAGAAGACCCAACAGACAGGUGACCAGCCUCAUUUGACUGAAGCCAGAGGACGCUGGCUCAUAUUUCAACUCAUACAUAGGAUGACGACGCUGCCUCUACCUUUCACUUGUUACUGAAACAAGGAGUCCCCUGUCACUCAACCUCGCCAUCUAGUGGCGCUUUGAAGGUUUAACUCCCUCGUGGUCAGCAGAAAUCUUCCAGACAACUACCUCCCUCAUCUGGGGAGAUGCCUGCCCUGCAACAGUUCCCUCUGAUCCCAUUUGUUUUUUACCUGCUGAAGACCAGACAGCAGUAAGCAGCUUUGCACAUUUCCAAACAUCGGUUGGAGAACUAAUUACAACCUCAUCUCCAGCGUCAGUGACAGUAGUUCAAUAGGCUGUAAAUUAGCAUGUCACAAACACUGCUCUUUGACUGACAUGUGUGAUAUGCACCCAUGAACCAUGGCUUCAUGCUAGAGUUAAUGGUGCCCCAAAGCAAGAGCAUCCAACAAGAAGGAAACUGAGCCACACAGGAGAAGUCACCACGAAAUAGACUGCACAAACAAGAAGAAAGACAGAUGGAACCAUCAUCAAAUAGCAUGCUCUCGACAGCUACACCAACAGCAACACUAAACAUCACGUUGGCAAGUCUGACAUCCAAAUAUAAAUCUCACAACUGGGCGUUCCUGGUGGCUGUCCUGGUCACAGCCAUCGCCAUCUCCAUGCUUAUCGCCCUUCUAGCUAAAUGCCAGGUGGUCCGUCGCUACCUGGCCAGCUACAGGCACACACGGCUCAGGGAGACGGACACCGUCAGCCAGUGUGACCCCUCAGUCCUGGAGGUGGAAUUCGCCAUGCAUGGGGGACGUGGACGUGGAAAUAACCCUCACUGUAUCCCUGCUGUGAGCGAGGAAGACGAUGACGGCUUCAUUGAGGACAACUACAUCCCGGCCAGCGAGAGAGCGAGGGCUGCAAGAGCAGCGGAGAACAUGGAGGACACCGAGGAGGAGAUGGAUGAAAUUGAAUUCAGCAUCGCUUAGCAGGACUGCCUCUACACCUCCUCAGCUAUAUAAACCCCUAGAAAAAAACAAUUCCACUCCCACAUUUUUUUAUUUGUAAGAUUCAUAUUGUCUCAAACAAUUGUUAAAAAAGGUUAAAUGUUAGGACAGCAUAUCAAUGUUAAUACCAGUGCACAAGAGUGUCUUAAUUGUUAGACUUAAUGCAAGGUACAUUAUUAAGGCAGCAGUUCUCCAAGUCCAUAUAAAAAUAUAUACUUUUUGUCACGGCUUAUUUGUCAGUAUACUGACACAAGUAACGGUACUAGUCAUAAUAAUAUGUGUUUUAGUUAUACGUGAUAUUUUGUUGUCAAUCAUCUUCUUUUUAAGGAGGGAAAAUUAGGUCAAGAGGUUUUCUGUAAAUAUGGACAUUAACAAAUAUUCCUUUGUAUCUGUGAUCAGUGUUUGGCUGUAUUGGUUGGUUGAUUGAUUACUUGAUUUGACAGCAAAGGUUCUGAAAUAAAAAUGUGUAUUAUUUAGACAAAUAAGCAGUUGUGCUGAAUAUGAACAGGAGCAUUUCACUUUGCAUUGCCAUCUCUUGUCACGCAUACGCAAAAGUAUAGAUGAGUGUAUGACGUGAAAGCCCAUUCAACUGUUUUCACAUUUCAUAAAGUCCUCUGAGUUGCGACAACACAAAGAUGAUGUUAUGCUGCUGUGGAUACUGUGAUGCUCUGCAAUGUGCUGCCCAUUUUUCCUUCAUAGGUGAGCUAAAUACAGACAGAUCACUCCAUAGCUUUACAGCAGAAAAGGGAAAUUAAUUUCACAUCUUUAAAAUUGCAUUGUGACAGC